AUGACGGAACGCGUGGCAGAAUUCCCUUUCCCAUCGUGGGAUGAAGAUGUACUGGAGGAGCGGUACACUGUUAAUAUCAUCGGCAAAGCCUUGCGGACGGCGCUGGACGUGAUGAUCUUUGGAGAUGUUGAGAGUGCUAACAAGAUCUUGAAUCUCAUGUACAGCCACAACGCACUGGAAUACGGUCUGGCCGACACGAGAGUAUUCAUGCACUACGCAUGGAACGCAAGUGGCUGCUGGCCGACUCAUAUUGGCCGACCUGAACAAGAUCGACUCCCUCCAGCAAGGGAUGCGCUGAUACAACAGCAGGGCGGUAUAGACGGACCAGGACUGAUCCCACACCUUCAAGGCCUAAGCCGAAAGUCACGGGCCGACUUACUGGACAAAGACCCCGCAGAUGCGGCAGCAUGGUCGUGGGGAGACCUAGAGAAAGCUUGUAGGAUGAUCAAGAUGGGUACCGAGGAGACCGUCAACACCGCUGUUUUGCCUCUCAGCGUUGAGAUAGCUCUAGAGCUCGAGAAGCACGAGAUUGCCGAACAGCUCAUUCGACAGCAUCUUGUUCGGCCUCUCGGCGACACUACGCUAUUGACGCACCCGGACAGUCUGGCCAUGCUUCACUCCCCGCGGAUUUGGAAGCUACUAUGUGAAGGAUGGCUACGUCGAGAGCUUCAAGUCUCGCCUGGACUGAUCAAAUCAAAGGUGGAAGAAGUUCUGAGGCUGCUGGAGAAACGUCUGCUGCAUGUCCCGCUACGACCCUUUCGUGACUACAGCAUCGAUCGUUUGGUCCAGAGCUUCAAUGCCACCUGUCUUGAGAACAGACGACUCGGCGGAAUUGGGGCCACCAGAUUAUUCAAGGAGGACGCUGAGAACGAAGAUGAUAAGCUACCAGCAACAUUUCUCAAAGCUCCCGCAGCCGAAGACAUGAUUCAGGGACUCGAGGACGCAGCCAAAACGAAGGGGUACACCACCGGUCUUCCCCAGGACUACAAGGCCUUCCUACGAGUGACUGAUGGGAUCUACGCUCAUGAUCAUACCGAUUGGGGCGAUAACAUUUUCCGACCCGUACGUGCUCUCGACUUCGACGACGCGAUUGACUGGUGUGUUGAGCUCCUCCCUACCGAAUCGCUUGGCUUCGAUGGGGACAUCGAUAUCGACUGGCCAGCUGUUGAUGUAGCACUUAACAUCGGAGCUGGUGGUGAUGAAGGCAACCAGUGGCUCGUUCCUGCGGAUCUUACCACGAAGGCCAAGGAAGCUUUCUUAGCAGCAUAUUCGAGGGCUGAUCCCGUGGGCCGUAUACGUAUGGAACGUGCCGCCAAGGAUCUCUACGGCUCAGUCGAGGACCUGAUGAAGCUGGAUUAUGUCAUUCUGCGUAUGUAUCAUUGGACUGCGGAACUCGAAUGCUUUGCAUCGUUUCAUCAUCUCCUACAGGCCACGCUUAUGGAAGCUAUCAAAGGAGGGUCUGAAGGCUCGGUAGAAGGCGAUGAGGAUGCCGGCUAUAUCCACGAUGAGACUCGGACGACAGCGAGCCUUACAGCAAAUCCAAAGCUCAAGAUAUAG